CCUAUUGUUCAUGUGUGGAUCGCGCGCCGGGCUUGCUGCCGUUUAUCGAAGGUAGGAUCCUCUUUUGCCUCCCUAGAUAGGGCUAGCUUUGGGCCUCGUCCAGCUGUUGUCGGCGGCCAGCAGGAGAAAGUGCGGUGCGUGAACGACAGUUUGUCAAAGUCCGUGCUCUUUCUGCCAGGAAAAAAAAAGGGACACGGGCCUGCGGAGAGCAAGGGAAGAAAACAAUUGGGUCAACUCACAACUCGCGACUCUGAUUGCCGCAAUCGGUCAAACAUUCCCGUUUGGUGGGCAACCCUGGUCCCGUCGAGUCUGUCGAGAGUGGCCGGGUUCACAUUAUUAUUUCCUGGUCUUUUCCCAUUCGUUUUUGCCCUUGGCCGACCUAGUGUCGAACGGCCAGUCGGACCCGGUUGCUCGGCUGCACGCAGCUCCAAGAAUCGCGUCUGGGCCAGCAUUGGCACGCAAGCCAUCAAGAUUGAUCCUCCCAUCACUGAUCCAAAUUGAUACCCGCUCCCCGCACUCCUUUCUUGCCAGCCCGCCCUGCAAGGCCCCCUCCCUCGACGCGACGCUAGCCCUGCCGCUGCCUCUGCCGCUGCCACAACCACGAACGGCCACGCGACGACCAUCGACUUUCCAACCCAAGAGCCGUUUCUGUCGGCCUGCCCCGCCGCCUACCCGUUCGCCCUGCCCGGUCCCACGCACGAACCGGCGCCUUCCGUUCCGGCCUUGUUCUUCCCGAAUCCGCUUCGGGUCGGAUUCUACACCGCACCCCCCGGCCAGGCACCUCCGCCCAGAGAGGGCCUCCUCCGGGACCGAGAACUAGAGCAACCAGAAGCUCAAUUCGAUCCUACCGCACUCCGGCCUGGGACGCACACACACGCACGUGUUUCCCAACAUGGCGGACAGGGAACGGGACUACGACGAGGGCGACGGCCCGAUGGACCCAGAGCUGCUCUACACAAAGGAAUACUGCAUUGGCGGAGGGAGCUUUGGAAAGGUCUACAAAGGAGUCGACAAGCGGACAGGCCAUGCGGUCGCAAUCAAGAUCAUCGACAUUGAGAGUGCCGAAGAUGAGGUCGAGGACAUCAUACAGGAGAUAGCGAUCCUGUCGGAGCUCCAGUCGCCUUACGUCACAAAGUACUACGGGUCUUACGCAAAAGGAGCCGAGCUGUGGAUCGUCAUGGAGUUCUGCUCGGGCGGCAGCUGUGCCGACCUGAUGAAGCCCGGCCUGAUCGGGGAGGAGUACAUCGCCAUCAUUGUGCGCGAGCUCCUGCUGGGCCUGGACUACCUGCAUGCGGACAAGAAACUGCAUCGGGACGUGAAAGCUGCCAAUAUCCUGCUGAGUGCAAACGGGCAGGUCAAGCUCGCCGACUUUGGCGUGUCGGGCCAGCUGAGCGCCACCAUGACCAAGAAGAACACAUUUGUGGGCACCCCCUUCUGGAUGGCGCCGGAAGUGAUUAAGCAGUCCGGCUACGACCACAAGGCGGACAUCUGGUCCCUGGGCAUCACGGCACUCGAGCUGGCCAACGGCGAGCCGCCCUACGCCGACAUCCACCCAAUGAAGGUGCUCUUCCUGAUCCCCAAGAACCCGCCCCCGCGCCUCGAGGGCAACUUCACAAAGGCCUUCAAGGACUUUAUCGAGUCGUGUCUGCAGCGCGACCCCCGCGACCGCCCGGCCGCCCGCGAGCUGCUGCGCCACCCCUUCGUCCGCCACGCGAAGAAGACCAGCUACCUGACGGAGCUGAUCGAGCGCCACAGCCGCUGGUGCGCGACGCAUAAGAACGGCGGUCGCGAUGACGACGAUAACGACGACGACGAGGCACAGCGCCAGCAGAGCGCCCAGCGCCGCGCCGCCGAGAGGCAGGGGGUCGACGAGGACAUGUGGGACUUUGGAACCGUGCGCUUGGUCGGCGAUAGGGGCAAUCUCAUCCACCGCCCGGGCCUGCUGAACCCUAUGGACGACUCCGCCACUAAUGCACGCGCGGCUCCGCCGAGGGGUUACGGUGGCAGCAGCGCCAGCCCGACCAAGGACAGCUUCAACCAGGACGAGUCGAGGGACCGGGACACGGUCAAGGCUGCCGCGUCGACGGGCACCUCUAGGCAGGUCAGCCCGCAGAGAAAGCCGAUCCUCCAAGGGCCCGCCUCCCCAACGCGGGUCGUCAUAACGUCAUCCCCGCCCAAGCCGGUGCCCCGCGAACCGGAGACGCCGAGGGCGCUAAACUUCAACGGCGUGCUGAAUCCCACCCCGCUACUACCCAACGGCGGGCACUCGCCAGACUACGACCGAGAGCUGCAGCUGCAACUGCAGCGAGACAUGGGCGGCAUGAACCUUGGAAAUGUCAUCCAGACUGGUGAAGGACGGCAGGGGAUAGUGUCCAAAGUGGGCAUGGGCAGCUCGUAUGGCCUCGGCCCGCAGGCGCCACGGUACCAACAACAACAACCACCACAACAGCAGCAGCGGUCACAACAGUCAUCCAAGUCGGGCCCCAUGAAGUUGCCCGAGAUACCGCCGUUCCGCGGGGGACUGCAGCAGCACCACGCCGCACCGUCGCUGCCCCCACACGUGCUGCAGAAGACGUCGAGCCAGCAGCAGCUCCCGCCGUCGCCGACGCGGCAGUCGCACCACCGGUACAGCCAGGCACCGCCGCUGUCGCCGCCGACACAGCAGCCGCUGCCGCUGCCCAUGCCGCCGCUGCACGGCAGGUCGUCAAACACGCCAGAGCCGCCGCCGCACGGCAGCGCCAGCAGCAGCAGCAUCAGCAGCAGCCACCUCGGGGCGUCGUCGUUCCCAUCACCGGCGCCGUCGCCGCCCAACGGCGACCUGGACGCGCUCAACGACGUCAUCUUCCCCGCCCUGGAGGAGGCGCUCAAGCGACGGCAGAUCCGCCUCCAGCAACAGAUACAGCAAAUGCAGUCGUCGUCGCCGUCGUCGUCGUCGACCUCGCUGGCGCUGGACGGCGGCGGCUCUUCGCUGCCUCCCGUGCCGACGCCGCGGCAGCAGCGGGCCGAGGCGGCGCACGAGAAGAUCCGCAAGCUCGUCUACAAGCUCGCGCACGUGUGCAAGGAGAUCGACCACUGGGACAAGGCCGAACCCGUUGGUAUGGGCAAGGAGGUCGGCCCGUUCCUCGAGGGCCUGCUCGAGGAGAUUCUGGUGCGGGUCGAGCCGCUGGACGAGGAGGAGGAGCGGUAGACACCGUUGUCGUCUUUUUUUUCACCAUCUCUCCGCCGAUAUUAUGCCACACACUGUGUGGAACGCCAUCGAUCCAUCCCAUCACUCGCUUUUGAGCUGGCUAUGAAUGCCAUCCCCCGAACGAAGCAGCUACCCGGGAUUGUUGCUGCUGCUCCUCCUCUACUGCUUUUAACAUCCGCUAUGCACCACAAUCACGUUUAUACGUGUCCCCUGUCCCGGGAAAGCGUCCCCCAGCUCGUUCUGUCAGGGGUGUUAUGCUGGGGCUUUCGCAAGUACCACACACGAAAGCGAAGCGGAGACAGCGUUUUGAUGCCGAGCAUAAACAGCUCUUUUUAUUAGACGGAGGCCACGACAUCAUUUCAUGACGGCGCAUACGAGUUGUUUCCAAGGACCGCCUUUUUUCAACUGUUACUUAUCUAUUAGACAACGGCACGAGAUUCAGAGGGAUACAUGCCUGGCUUGAUUCUUCCCGCUUGUUCUUUCUUCUCUGUUUCUUCAUCUGCUCUGGCAAUAACCACGGAGCAGGAGCGGGGUGAUGUUGAGCGAGGAACACGCAGCGCACAAACGGCACGUUUGUAGCCCCUACUCCCCCUUUUUUUCUGUUUCCAUUGCUUGUCUCUCUUUCUGUUGUUCGCUAGUUCCUUGUUUCCCCCCCCAGAGGGCUUGUCUCUUUGUCGUUCAUGGUCCCGCAGUGUAUUAUACCCAAGCAUUAGCAUCCAAUAGAGUAUGCUGCUGGCAUCUCGCUCAUGGUAUUUCAGGGAACUGCUCCGAGUAUUCCAUGAAGUUCUUUCGGGGCAGGAUUGUUGCCGUGUCUUGUCUUGUGAUGCCGAGACCAUGAUUUCUCUGCUAGCUGCGCAGCAAGAAAAGAAAUGUCCGCCUG